CUAGCAACCUAGUAUUUUGCAACAGUUUCCUGCGCCUUUGGAUCAUCGUUCCAAUUUGGCUACAACACCGGAGUCAUCAAUCAGCCAGGAAUAAUCAUACAAGAGUGGAUAAGAGAAGUGUACAGGGAGAGACAUGGAGGAGGCGGUAACGCGACUACAAAUGCAACGGCCAACAUGGAAGGUGAAAUCUCGGAUUCGACUCUCAACCUCAUCUGGGCGAUCACCGUCGCCAUAUUCUGCGUCGGUGGUGUCUUCGGCGGCGUAACAACAGCAUUCUGGGUGACAAGGUUUGGCAGGAAGCGCACCCUGCUGGCCAACAACCUAAUCGCGAUCAUCGCUGGCGCCCUCAUGGGGCUCUCGAAGAUCGCCGGCUCCUACGAGAUGCUCAUCCUCGGCCGUCUGCUCAUCGGACUGAACGCGGGGCUGAACUCGGGCGCCGGCCCGAUGUAUCUGACGGAGAUAUCGCCCGUGAACCUGCGCGGCGCGCUCGGCUCGAUGCACCAGCUUGUCGUCACCAUCUCCAUCCUCGUCUCGCAGCUGCUGGGCCUGCCGAGCAUCCUGGGAAGCAAGACGGGCUGGCCGUUCCUGCUGGCGCUGACGAUCGUUGCUGCUAUCUUCCAACUGGUGACACUUCCGUUCUGCCCCGAGAGUCCCAAGUACCUGCUCAUCGACAAGCAACAGGAGGGACGCGCACAGAAGGCUCUGAUCACGUUGAGGAACUCGUCCGAGGUCUACGAAGAGAUGGACGAGAUGAAGUCUGAGAAUCAGAAGCUGCUCAGUGAGCCAAAGGUGGCAUUCAAGGACCUGUUUGUUGUCAGGGCAUUGCGCAUGCCUCUCCUGAUUACCGUCAUUAUGAUGCUGUCCCAGCAGCUGUCUGGAAUAAACGCCGUGAUGUAUUACUCGACCAGCAUCUUUACGAAAGCGCAGUUGAGUACGACUGGAGCGAUGUGGGCUACGAUCGGUGUGGGCUGCAUCAACGUCAUCAUGACCGUUAUCUCGGUCGUGUUGGUGGAGAAGGCCGGCCGGCGCACCCUACACCUGAUCGGCCUUGGUGGCAUGCUGCUGAUGACCGUUCUGCUGACCAUCACACUCGUACUGAUAAAGAAAGAAAUGUUGUGGGCAACGUGGAUAUGUGUUAUUGGGGUGUUCCUCUUUGUUAUCUUCUUCGCUACGGGGCCUGGCUCUAUUCCAUGGUUCAUUGCCGCGGAAUUGUUUGGUCAGGGUGCUCGACCCGCCGCCAUGACCAUCGGUGUCGUGGCAAACUGGAGCGCCAACUUCCUUGUUGGUCUCUGCUUCCCUCUUCUACAGAGCAGCAUAGAUCAGUACGUGUUCCUGGUGUUCACUGGCUCGCUGUUGUUCUUCUGGCUCUUCACCUACAAAUUUGUUCCGGAGACAAAGGGUCGUCCCAUCGAGGAGAUAACAGCCAUGUUCAAGAGCAACGCACUUGGAGGGAACAGUCAACAGAUAUGAAGAGAUAAAUACAAGACAAAAUAUGUAAGAGUCAACGUUCAGCCGAUUCGAUGCGGUUCUCAGCAGAUGUUGAACCGAUGUGCCGAUGUGACUCGGGUAGUGAGAGUUAUGAACAGGUGUGACUCGGAUGUUGACAGAUAUAAACAUGUAUGGCAGGAAAAUGAACAGAUAUGACUGUGACUGGGAUAGUGAGAUUUGUUAACAGAUGCAAGUCGUGUUUAGGUCUUGCAGUGCUUCUCGCUCAUUACUGUAGCUUUUAGAGCUAUCAUGUAGCUUAUCUGGCUGCCUCAGGUUGAAGGAGAGAACGAGCUCAUUAUGGAUUAGGCCACGCUGACGAACUACCGAAGCAAUCUUACAUGUCAUGGUCAGGGCGGAUAGUAAAGGCAGUGAGGGAGUGAGCUUAGAGCAUCAGGGCAUUAUGCAGCAUAUAGGAAGUAUUUAUUUAUCAGGGCAUAGUCGCUGUGGCAUAGCUAUUUUUGCUAUUUCCUGGUAGGUAUGAAUAUUUUUAGGGUACACUCGGUUACCCUUCUGCAGAGUAAAGGAUGGCUGGAUACUGUACAGGCGUUCUGUUGUUGCGUACCACGCAUUUACAUGUUUGUUGUAAUUGGUAGGCAAAGCAAAACGCAGCUGUAGAGGUGGCACUGGCAGCCAUUUAAACUUACCAUUUAGGUGGACAAAAGUGGUGCAUGUGCGCACGCACGUGUGCAUGUGUGUGCGUGCGUGCGUGCGUGCGUGCGAGAAAGAGAGAGAGAGUGAGAAGGAGGGGGAAGGGAGGGAGGAAAAGGGAAGCGAGUUACAUGUCCUUGUUAGGCAAUAAA